AUGCCUCGAGCAAAAGAUCCUUCGACGAGCGGAGCCUUGGUUGCGCAAAAUCAACAGGAUGCUGUGGCAGACGGAAUCGAGGCAUUCGAACUUCCUCGAAGCGUGGUCAUGAAGCUAGCGCGGGCGUCGCAGGUGCCGGAAAACACGAAGUUCUCCAAGGAUGUCAUCCUUGCGACACUGAAGGCCUCCACCGUCUUCAUCAACUAUCUUGCCGCAACCGCGCACGAAGUCGCGAGCUCAAAGCAGCACAAGAGCAUCUCCGCCACCGACGUCCUGAAGGCGCUUGAGCUGAUAGAGUUCGGCGACAUAGCGAAGAACAUUCAAGGGGAACUACAAGUGUACCGCGAUCUGCAGAAGGCGGACAAGAAGAAAGGCGCCGGGAAGGGCAAGGCGCGCGACGCGGCUGAUUCUGUUUCCGCCGCGUCCAAGCCAAAACCCAAGGCGAAGGCCGCCAGCACCGGGGAGGGCGCACAACCGCAACCAGGUCCAACCAUCCAUAUCCCUAGGCCAUCCGGCCUUCCGUCAGCGGAGCCACCAGCCGAGGCCGGGUCAGGCGAUCACGGACAAUUGGAGGAAGUGGACGAGGAUCAAGAAAUGUUGGACCAGGACGAUGAAGCGGCAGACGAUGUCGAGGACGAUAUUGAGGAUGAUAUUGAGGAAGAGGACGCCGAGCCAGAGGAUUCCAUGGCAUUGGAUGAGGAGAUACUGCAGAGGGACGCCCGAGGACUGGACGCACUGGAGGCGGACGAGAGCCAGCUGUGA